AUGAAGAAAUACGUGCUGAUGAAAUUUCCGAGGUCAAAAGUGAAUCUGGUGGUUUUUUUACUGACAGCGACACAGAUAAUGAUGCAUUGAUGCAAUGUAAAUGAAGAAAUAUAGACACAGACAGCGUUAUAUAAUUUAUGAAAUAUAAUUUAUGACAUUUAUGGCAGAAAUAUAAUUUAUGACAGCGAAUGUAGUUCUGCUGUAGAAAAACCAAACGUUUAGUAGACAAAAAAUGACCCAAAAAGAAACUUACAAGUGUUUAUUGGUAAUCCAGGUGUCAAAGUAUUUCCAAAUAAUCCUCAAAGUAUAAGUGAAGUUGUUGAAUUAUUUAUUGAAGAUGACUUUAUAUAA